AUGCGAGCGGUAGCCGUGCUGCUGCUCUGCGUAGCAGUAUUGAUAGCCGGCAGAUGCGCCGCAGAGGCCUCGCCGGCUUGCUCCCUCCCCCAGGCGGCCGAGCUCAGCGCCGCCCAGAGCAAGCUCGAGGAGGCCAAGAGGUCGCUCACGAAGGAGUCGAAGCGCAACGCCGCUCUCGGAGUCGACUUCCAGACCACCAUGAACGCCCUCGCCCAAGAGGACCUCGCGCUGUGGAAGGCGCGCGAGUCCGAGCUGGUCGAGGCGGAAUCCGAGGCCGUGGCUGCGGAGGAGGGCGCCGUGUCUGCCCGCGCCAAGGUCCUGUGGGCGCGCGAGAAGGUCGCGAGCUUCCGCGCCGCCAUCGCGCGGCUCGCGGACCCCGGGCCGUACAAGGCCGAGCUCAGCGGCCGCGUCGCCAAGCUGGUCAGUCAGGGCGUCACCGGCGAAGCGGGGAGUGUGGACCCGGACGGUGCCGUCGAGGAGCUGCACGACGAGGUUGUGGCGGCGCAGCGGCGGCUGGCGCGCGGGCAGGCGGCCGUGCGGGCGGCGGGGCACGCGAAGGACCUCGCGCAGCUGGAGCUGAAGGGUGCUGUGCAGCAGUGCAAUGCGCGCAAGGAGGCGGCGGUGCUGCACAUGGCUGCCAAGGUGCAGCAGGACGCGGAGAAGCUGAACAAGGAUGCCGCGGACAUCGAGGAGCUCAUGGACAGCCUGAGCGACGACGGGGAGGAGUAG